AUGCAAUGGAUCCACUUUUUCUUUCUUGGUUUUGCGGCCAUCAUUGCUCCGACUACCAGGGCAACUGAUCAGCUCGAGUAUCCUGUCGGAAGACUUUUGGAUCCCUCGACUGAUUUGUCCCUGAAAUUGAAUUCAAACGAUGAUCCCACACAUCCCAAACACGCAGCUGAUGGAUACAUCAAGCCACAAGAAUACGAUCUCAUGUCUCUUGGCGGAUCAAGUGGACGUGGAAAACCCCUCAAAAUCAACGAGGAAAUCAAAGUGCACUUUCCCGAAGACCCCGUCGGAGCUUCACUCCGAGAUCACUCACAUGGCUUCUUGGAUUUGUCACUGGCUAAUUCUCAUUCCAGGGGUCUGAUGGCCAGCAACAUUCAGCUGGGAAAAAGAACCAGGCCACCAAUGGCUGGAUGGGGGAAUUUGGAUAGAACUGUGGCGACAAGACCAGGCGCUGAAUCAGAAUCAAACCCCGAUGGCUGGUUCCUCAAAUCCUCGGAAAAUGCGUUGACUCAAUCAAGAAUGGAGCCCCUCCGACCUGAAAGGGUUUCUAGCACAACUCAAGACUUGCUGUCUAUGGUCGGGAAAGACCCCGAAACCUCUUCAGCUGCUCAUCCCAUUGUCUCUUUAUUACCCCAGUCAGAAAGGCAGGCAGUCCGAAAUACAUUCAAUCUGAGAAACAAUGCGCCGUUUGAAAAAAGUGCAUCCUUUGAACAAAUAUCUCCCCAAUUCACCAGAAGUUUUCCAUACCAUUCCUUCGCCAACGUCAACCCACCUCAUGGCAUUCCAGUCGAAUUCCCAACAUCACAACACUUUGAAUUGUCGAAAAAUACACCAGUAAAAGUCGUAAGCAAUUUGCAAAGAACAGGAUCAAGACAUCGUGGAAACAUACCGGCCGAAGAAGGCAAAAGCCCAAAGGAUCGCCAGAUAAUUCUUUCUGGAGAAAGCCCAACAGCCAAUCUUGGAAGAUUGAAGAUUGACAUGUAUAUUUUCACGGUUGAUGAUGAGCUCCAGAAUCCCCCACCUUGGAUGCAGUCGAUUGACAUAGCACAACUAAUCAGAAAACUGAAUCAACUCCCGAAAGCUCUUAUCAACGGUGAUUUAUUGCAAGAAGAGCAGCUUGAAGGAAUGGCUCUUAGUAUUCUGACACAAAAGCAUCAUUUAAAGGUGUCAGCUGAUAUGAUGACGCCCAAGAUUGCGAAAUUCGCGACUGUUGUGGAUACCUGGCACAAAUAUUGGAAACAAGCAGCAAGACUUGAUCUGCAGAGCUGGGAUGAUCAUAGCAGCUAUUUCUCGGGCCAUCCCGUUGUGAUCCCACUGUUCUUUGUUUAUGUUGAGAUCCUCAUUAGCGUCCUGCCCGCCACGUCGAGCAGAAAGCCCGGCUCAGAAGAGGAGAGGAUGCAGGGCUAUCGCGAGGAGAUGGCCAAGGCUCUGAACCUGCUCCGAGAAUUCAAAAGCUACCUCGCCAACCCACGGGCAUUCAGAGCAGUCCGAGAGAUAUGGAGGGAGAAGCGUGCAGUCACAGGCAGCAUCGGCGGACGCAGAGUGGGAGAGGCUGCAGUCACAUUGGCCUGGCACUUGCUCGAAAUCUGGGUGGAAGCGGAACACCCGCAGCUUUGGCUGGACUUCAAAAAUCAGUCUGAAGACAAACUGCACAAGUAUCUGAAGAAGUUCUUCAACAACCUCUUCUUCUACGGAAUCGAAGGUUUGACGAAUCAAGCCCACAAGAUCGUUGUAGGAGAGCAUCUCUGA